CUAAUCACGUUUCGUUUCUCUGUUCUCCGCCAUUUUGUAAGGGUAUAAGAAAAGUCGGCCAAGCAAAACAGACUUGAUGGUGUAAUCAAACUGUGUAACUAUCUAGUUUUGUGUUGGGCAAUGGACGGCCGUCCAGAGACUGAUUUGUAUCCCAUGGGAUCCACUUACGUCACUGAACUAGACAUUGUGAGAUGCUCAUUGUUGAUGCCGAAUAACCCCCAUAAGGGUGCAGUGUCCAUGAUAUUACAGUUGGUACAAAGAGAGGAUCAGACGAGCUUUUCUCCUGCGCCUCAAACGGACCCAAUAUAAUGACCUGCGCAGCAGCCAAUGGCAAUGACAGCAAGAAGUUCAAAGGUGACAUAAGGAGCCCGGUCAUCCCGUCGCGUGUAAUCCACAUGCGCAAGCUCCCUGACGACAUCAACGAGGCUGAGGUCAUCUCCCUGGGCCUGUCCUUUGGUAAAGUCACCAACCUGCUCAUGCUCAAAGGAAAAAACCAGGCCUUCGUAGAGAUGAACACGGAGGACGCGGCCCAGGCCAUGGUCAGCUAUUAUGCCUCUGUGACGCCCGUCAUCCGCAACCAUCCCAUCUUCCUGCAGUACUCCAACCACCAGGAGCUCAAGACUGACAACUCCCCCAACCAAGUGAGAGCCCAGGCGGCACUGCAGGCGGUGAACGUAUUGCAGACGGGGGGCAUGCCCAUGGCAGGGGUGGAUGCCUCGGCCGGCAUGAGCGGGGCCAGCCCCGUCCUGCGGGUCAUAGUGGAGAACCUCUUCUACCCCGUCACCCUGGACGUGCUGCAUCAGAUCUUCUCCAAGUUCGGAGCGGUGCUGAAGAUCAUCACUUUCACCAAAAACAACCAGUUCCAGGCCCUGCUGCAGUACUCUGACGGCCUGACUGCUCAGCACACGAAACUUUCUUUAGAUGGGCAGAACAUCUACAACGCCUGCUGCACCCUCCGCAUCAACUUCUCCAAGCUGACCAGCCUGAAUGUGAAGUACAACAAUGACAAGAGCCGGGACUACACGCGUCCCGACCUGCCCACGGGGGACAGCCAUCCCUCAAUCGACCACCAGGCUAUGGCUGCAGCCUUCGGUGAGUACUAUGGUCCUCCUGGGAUUAUCUCGGCCAACCCAUAUGCGGGAGCUCACGCCUUCCCCCCAGCCUUCACCAUUCAGCAAGCUGCAGGCCUGGCGAUGCAGGGGGUUCCUGGAGGCCUGGCGAUGCAGGGUGUUCCUGGAGGCCUGGCCCAUCUGACCAUGCCUGGAGCUGCAGCGGCUGCAGGCAGAAUGGGCUUCCACCAACUCACCGGUGGCAACUGUGUUCUGCUGCUCAGUAACCUCAACCCAGAGAGAGUUACGCCCCAAUGCCUCUUUAUUCUUUUCGGUGUAUAUGGUGAUGUAAUGAGAGUGAAGAUCCUGUUCAACAAGAAGGAGAACGCUCUGAUCCAGAUGUCUGAUGGGACUCAGGCGCAGCUAGCAAUGAGCCACCUGAAUGGCCAGAGGCUACACGGGACAGCGCUGCGAGUCACCCUGUCCAAACACACCAACGUUCAGCUGCCCCGUGAGGGCCACGAGGACCAGGGCCUGACAAAGGACUACAGCAACUCCCCUCUGCACCGCUUCAAGAAGCCCGGCUCCAAGAACUACUCAAACAUAUUCCCUCCCUCAGCCACCCUGCAUCUCUCAAACAUCCCUCCCUCUGUGGUUGAGGAUGACCUUAAGAUGCUGUUUGCGAGCUCUGGUGCAAUGGUCAAGGCCUUCAAGUUCUUCCAGAAAGACCGCAAGAUGGCUUUGGUCCAGAUGGACUCAGUGGAGGAGGCCAUCGAGGCCCUCAUCAGGUUCCACAAUCACGACCUGGGCGAGAACCACCACCUGAGGGUGUCCUUCUCCAAAUCCACAAUCUGAGGGGGCAGCCCAAAACGCUACUGCUAACGGGCCGUAGUGAGUUGUGGUGACUCGGCUCUUCAUAGUAGCCUCAACCACAGAAUUCACUGACAUCAUUCCUAGUAUAUGAUAUUUAUAUACGCAAAGCUAUAUACAUUGACCUAUGGAAAAAGUAAUUUAACACCUGGUUUUACUGGGGGUUUACAUUCUUAGUUUUCUAUUAUCUUGCCUUUUUGAGGUGAAUGAAUUCCUUGCUCUGUCUCUCUGCACAGGCACAAGUAGUUUACUCUUGCCUUUCUGAGUCUGACUAAAGACACUCGCCUAGCCUAAACUUCAGCCUACUGGAAAGUUCCAUUUGCCUUUGGGGUCCAGUACCACUAGGCACUGAGGUACUUCUGUGAUGCCUCAUGUCCUCUUUGCCUUCUGAUGUUUUCUGUGCCUUACUAAAGAAGUCUUACGUCAUUCAAUUUUAUAUUUUGGGCAUUUUACAAGAUAAUUGUUUUGGCCAUCUUCCCCUCAAACCCUUUGUUUGCAAAGACCAGGUUUACAGCUGAUUUAUGGGUUUACCAUUUUGCAUGAAAUGUAUUACAAGGUUGUCCAUUUCUCCCCCCCCAUAUAUCAUGAAGUUGUCUUUUUUAACAUUUUUUUUAAAGCACCCUCUUGUUUUAAAAGUAGAGAACUAGUUGCAAGAUUCAAUCCACAAUGCUAUAUAUACAUACACAACCACACGCCGGUACAAUGGGUUAUGUGAUUCAUAUUCCUAGUCUUGUUUAAUGUAUCUCUAGAUGUAGGUUGUUGAGAAUUUUCUGAAAUGUAUGCAAUCAUUUUUGUACAAAUCCAAUAUUGGCCACAAUUGUUAUUCCAAUAUAGUGUUGGUUGUAGACAGGUCUUGGUCAGUGGUUGCCUUAUCCACUGUGCCUUUGCAAAAGGUCUAUUGGCUGAGCUUUCCUGAUAAAAGUGUAUUGUUUAUGAUUUUUGUCCUAAUUGCUUGCCUCCCUCUGAUGCAGUGACUGUUUGAUUUAGUAAAUUUGUACAACUUCUGUCAUACACUUCAGCUCAAAACCAAAUUAGGCUUUUUUGCAAGUUAUUGUAGCUAACAUGAGACUCACAGCUUUAUUCAUAGUUCACUACCAGUGCGGGCACACUACCAGUGUGCCCGCACAUUGUUGCACAUUUACACGGCUCUUUUGAGUCUUACACAUAUGCAGACUAUUUGUGACUGUGCUGCUGUGAUCUAUGAAUUAAGCUUCUCAGUUAGUUUAAUGCGAAGAUGAAUGACGGUCAUAUCAUUUACAAUUGUGUCUCAGAACGAAUGAUGGUCAUUUUACAUGUUUUCUUAAAUGUGUGAAUAUUUUCAAAAGUCUGUCACUCAAGUGUUCACAAAGGCCUUCUCAUGAGGGGUUAGUAGACUUAUGUUACAGCCCUGUAACUUACUUCAUUCAGCCAAUGCUAAAAGCGGCUAUACGGCACCCUCUCUGUCAUGGUAGUCUAGGAACUGGACUCGUCUGGACAACGUGCCUCUCAAUUUGAGAUCCAUUUAGCAAUUUUUGGACAAGUGCUUUUCAAACGUUGGAGCCUUUUUUUUGGUCUGUUUAGUUGUAAUGAAUGUAUAUGUUUCUGGCUUACAAGCCCUCAGACUUGUAGGAAUUGCACACGUCGGCAGUGACUAUACGUCGGCAGUGACUAUACGUCGGCAGUGACUAUACGUCGGCAGUGACUAUACGUCGGCAGUGACUAUACGUCGGCAGUGACUAUACGUCGGCAGUGACUAUACGUCAGACACCUAUACGUCAGACACCUAUACGUCAGCAGUGACUAUACGUCAGCAGUGACUAUACGUCAGACACCUAUACGUCAGCAGUGACUAUACGUCAGCAGUGACUAUACGUCAGACACCUAUACGUCAGCAGUGACUAUACGUCAGACACCUAUAUGCCAGCAGUGACUAUACGUCAGCAGUGACUAUACGUCAGACACCUAUACGUCAGACACCUAUACGUCAGCAGUGACUAUACGUCAGACACCUAUACGUCAGCAGUGACUAUACGUCAGCAGUGACUAUACGUCAGACAACUAUAAGUCAGCAGUGACUAUACGUCAGACAACUAUAAGUCAGCAGUGACUAUAAGUCAGCAGUGACUAUACGUCAGACACCUAUACGUCAGACACCUAUACAUCAGCAGUGACUAUACGUCAGACACCUAUACGUCAGCAGUGACUAUACGUCAGACACCUAUACGUCAGCAGUGACUAUACGUCAGCAGUGACUAUAUGUCAGACAACUAUAAGUCAGCAGUGACUAUACGUCAGACACCUAUACGUCAGCAGUGACUAUACGUCAGCAGUGACUAUACGUCAGACAACUAUAAGUCAGCAGUGACUAUACGUCAGACAACUAUAAGUCAGCAGUGACUAUAAGUCAGCAGUGACUAUACGUCAGACACCUAUACGUCAGCAGUGACUAUACGUCAGACACCUAUAUGCCAGCAGUGACUAUACGUCAGCAGUGACUAUACGUCAGACACCUAUACGUCAGCAGUGACUAUACGUCAGACAACUAUAAGUCAGCAGUGACUAUAAGUCAGCAGUGACUAUACGUCAGACACCUAUACGUCAGCAGUGACUAUACGUCAGACACCUAUACAUCAGCAGUGACUAUACGUCAGCAGUGACUAUACGUCAGACAACUAUAAGUCAGCAGUGACUAUACGUCAGACAACUAUAAGUCAGCAGUGACUAUAAGUCAGCAGUGACUAUACGUCAGACACCUAUACGUCAGACACCUAUACAUCAGCAGUGACUAUACGUCAGACACCUAUACGUCAGCAGUGACUAUACGUCAGACAACUAUAAGUCAGCAGUGACUAUACGUCAGCAGUGACUAUACGUCAGACACCUAUACGUCAGCAGUGACUAUACGUCAGACAACUAUAAGUCAGCAGUGACUAUACGUCAGACACCUAUACGUCAGCAGUGACUAUACGUCAGCAGUGACUAUAUGUCAGACAACUAUAAGUCAGCAGUGACUAUACGUCAGACACCUAUACGUCAGCAGUGACUAUACGUCAGACAACUAUAAGUCAGCAGUGACUAUACGUCAGACAACUAUAAGUCAGCAGUGACUAUAAGUCAGCAGUGACUAUACGUCAGACACCUAUACGUCAGACACCUAUACAUCAGCAGUGACUAUACGUCAGACACCUAUACGUCAGCAGUGACUAUACGUCAGCAGUGACUAUACGUCAGACACCUAUACGUCAGCAGUGACUAUACGUCAGACACCUAUACGUCAGACAACUAUAAGUCAGCAGUGACUAUACGUCAGCAGUGACUAUACGUCAGACACCUAUACGUCAGCAGUGACUAUACGUCAGCAGUGACUAUACGUCAGCAGUGACUAUAUGUCAGACACCUAUACGUCAGCAGUGACUAUAUGUCAGCAGUGACUAUACGUCAGACACCUAUACGUCAGACACCUAUACGUCAGCAGUGACUAUACGUCAGCAGUGACUAUACGUCAGCAGUGACUAUACGUCAGACACCUAUACGUCAGCAGUGACUAUACGUCAGACAACUAUACGUCAGCAGUGACUAUACGUCAGCAGUGACUAUACGUCAGACACCUAUACGUCAGACACCUAUACGUCAGCAGUGACUAUACGUCAGCAGUGACUAUACGUCAGCAGUGACUAUACGUCAGACACCUAUACGUCAGACAACUAUACGUCAGCAGUGACUAUACGUCAGCAGUGACUAUACGUCAGACACCUAUACGUCAGCAGUGACUAUACGUCAGACACCUAUACGUCAGACACCUAUACGUCAGCAGUGACUAUACGUCAGACACCUAUACGUCAGCAGUGACUAUACGUCAGACACCUAUACGUCAGCAGUGACUAUACGUCAGCAGUGACCUAUACGUCAGACACCUAUACGUCAGCAGUGACUAUACGUCAGCAGUGACUAUACGUCAGCAGUGACUAUACGUCAGCAGUGACUAUACGCUAGCUACAUUGAUGGACACGUUGUAGACCACUUGUGAAUAGUUAUUUGAAAGGUCGGUAUUAAUACAUAUUUCACUCGUGCAUCAUUUUCUGUUGGAAAUGUUGAGUAAUUGGUUCUUUUUAGUUUUUCACAAUGUAGUUGUGCAUCAACUCCUCAGUUUCUCCCAAUGUUGACCUGGUGCAAAAGCAAGAAUAUAAUUUCAGCAUCAUAGGGCUCAGCCGUUUGGUUCAAUCACUUGAGGUUUCUUGACCAAAUCAGCUUAUUACAUGCUAACCUAUGCAUGGACUCCAAUGUAGAAGAAUCACAAUUUCUAGACAACUCAACCUGAUUUAAAGAUAAGUGACACUUGCUUCUAUAUCAAUAUGUAGCAUGUGUUGACAAUAAAGCCCUUUUACAUACUUUGCAUACCCCAGGCCAUAGCAAGAGUGGGUUUACCAAUUAUGCAAAAUUGCAAAGCAUUUAGAAUAAUUACAACCUCGAUCACUAAAGAUGGCAGAUUUUCUUCAAGGUGAUGUUGCUUGCCGGGGGGGUUGGGAUGAAAAGCUGUGUAUAAUGAUUUUCUUUUCUUUUUGUACCACAAAGUAUCUAUUCAGAAGCAAUAUAGGUUUUAUAUCAAUGAAACAUGAAUAUUUUGAUUAUAGCUUGGGACCAUUCUUGAGCCUCUCAGUUAAGUGUCAUAGAAAACAAAUGACAUUUGUAACACAAAUUUAAAUUGUAUUGUCAUUGUGUAGUGUUCUGUAUAGCUCACACUUUUCUGGUUCUUGUGCCUUCAAUAAAUAUUUUCUCUGCUUUUUA